AUGCUCACAAUCAGCCCUCUCGAGAAAUACGCUUGGUUCAAUUUCGAAGGGACUUUUGCUGUAACGCACACGUCUUUUGAUGGAUCGGACCUCGGUGGGAAAAACGUUGAGCUCAUGACCCGCGGCAAAUACCAUGUCGCCGGCGGCUUGACCAGUCCGGAUGACCAUGCAUGUGUCAGGUUGAUGUAUCGCACCACAAUAGCAAACAAGUUAACUUACGGCAAACUUUACGCACUAGAAGGGUUUCUCGUUGGGGCCAAGCAACACGAGAUGCCUUUCCUGCUGAUUGACGUCGACGGGAAGCGGGAAGUUCCCAACACGUUUGCCUUCCAAGAGACGCGAAUCGAAUCCCUUGGCCUUGUAGAGGGGUGCAUUGAUCCUGAAAUAAACCCCGAACCGCAAGGAAUGUUAUCAGUAAUUGUGAAACACGACGGUAUUGAUGAGAACGAUCCCCACGACGGGGCUAUGGUCGUCGAGUACGUUAUUCCCCGGAACUUGUUCUCGGGCCGAGCCACAGAAGUUUUUACGGCGGGUCGGCGAGUCUUAUUCCGCGGAACUUUAGCGGGCUGGAAUCGAGACCGAGAUAUGGUUAGAGUGAAGGUGUCGGGCGGCACUCUCGAUAGAGGCAACGGCAAAACCCCUCAUCUUAAGGCUCGUGAUUAG